UUCUAAUGAGGACAUGUUGGUUAGGCUGAUGACAGAGACAUGAAUCCUACCUUCAAAUCCUUUCAUGAACUUGACAGAAGUGCGACUUAUUGCUGAUAUUUGCCUCUAGCAUAGUCAAAAAUUUCGUUCAGUAAGUAGAUGCAACAUCAAAAUAAACAAUAUAGAUCAAUAAUGAUGUCUCUCAAUCGUUCAUCUAUGCAACCAAAGAUUAAUGAAACAUCGCUGCAGGUGCUGCCAUCUGUGUUGUCAAUGUCGUUAGGCCUAAAGUUGGGCCGUGGGCACGAUUCGCGAUAUUGAAAUGUAACUUAAAUUAUCAUUUUGCACUAAAUUUGCGUGAAAUAAUGUUCGUUUGCGAUAUUCCUGGUGAUAUACCGUUGUUAUAUUUCGCGAUAUUAUCGAGUUAUGUGCUUGAAUUUAGAAAGUAUGGCCAAUGUUUACAUCCAUGUCUAGGGAGGCACCAUCCAUUGAAGACAGUCUGCUCUGCAAUCAGCCUACCAAGUUUAUGGUAUAUUAAGUGUAAAAUAGUGAUUGUGUGUGUUGUGUAUACGACCAAGUUACAGUUUAAAGUGUGUCUGAGAGUGACAUUUGUGUUUUAAUGCUUCAGCUUCUGAAUGAACAUUAAGAUUAGAUGCCUGAUGUCAGAUGCAAUGCUUCAUGAAAACUAACCAGUACAUCAUAUCCCUGCACCUUCCUUAAGUACAGCUUCAAGUAUGUAGUUGUGAUGCUGCAGCAGAUAUCCAUGUAUAUUUAGUUUUAUCAGAUCAGAAUGUCACAACGAGGCAAACGCCAACCAAAUAAAACAGAUGAUGGCCCUAUCCCUGCCAAGCGGCGCAAAUGUCGUCCGCCGACGGCGGAAGAAGAAGAAGCGACUGCCAUGGAUGCUGCUGCAGCAGGUGCUGUAUGGACUCCACGUCCACUUAAUGAUCUCAAGAUCUCAAGCAUUUACAACCGCAGCGCAACGGAAGCUCCAGCAGAGUUGUUCAGAAAGGACCUGAUCAGUGCGAUGAAACUACCCGAUUCAGAACCACUGUCACCGGAUGAGUAUUGGGUGAUCACAGAUCAGUGGAAGCAAGAGUGGGAACGGGGCGUGCAGGUGCCUGUGAACCCAGACUCUCUACCUGAACCCACUGUCACUGUGAACCAGUGCUCCGGCAGCAGAACACAACACCAUGAGUUUAAAUUGCCCAAAUCCAAAUACAUUCGUAUCACCAAGGAUGAGUUCUUCACCAACGAGGAACAUUACCUUUCCAGCACACCUGCAAAGGCUGAGAAAGCAUGCUCCUAUGACUUGGAUGACUGUGAUAUAGCAUGGUUACAAAUUCUCAAUGGAGAACGAGCUUGCAUGGGCCUACACCCCGUCACAGAAGACCAGCUGGAGCGUGUGAUUGAAGAACUGGAGAUACGUUGCUGGGAGAAAGUGCAGACCAUUGUCAAAACGGAAGAGGGGCUUGGCAUAGAAUAUGAUGAGAAUGUCAUCUGUGAUGUCUGCAGAUCUCCGGACUCUGAGGAAGGCAAUGAGAUGGUGUUCUGCGACUCAUGUAACAUCUGCGUGCAUCAGGCAUGUUAUGGCAUCACAACAAUACCAUCAGGCUCCUGGCUGUGUCGUACCUGUGCCCUCAGCCUGCGUCCCGAGUGUGUGCUCUGUCCUAACAAAGGGGGGGCCAUGAAGUGUACACGUUCAGGGCAGAAGUGGGCACAUGUAUCUUGUGCGCUCUGGAUCCCUGAAGUGAGCAUUGGUUGUGUUGAACGCAUGGAGCCUAUCACGAAAAUAUCCAGCAUCCCACAAAGUCGCUGGGCACUGAUAUGUGUUCUCUGUCGAGAGAGGGUGGGAGCGUGCAUUCAGUGCUCGGUGAAGACGUGCAAGACAGCAUACCAUGUCACCUGUGCUUUCAAACAUGGCCUUGAAAUGAGAGCCAUAAUUGAGGAUGAAAAUGCUGAUGAUGGGGUGAAACUGAGGUCGUACUGUCAGAAACAUAGUGUCACCAGCAAGAAGGAGAAGAGUGGCUCGGCAUCUGAAGAUGAGGAAUCCAAGAGAAAGAAGAGAAAGGACAUGACAUCUGAGGAGAAGAAUCAGGCGCGAGCAGCCAAACUGCAAGAAAUUGAAGCUGAGUUUGACAAACAUGUGAGCAUCAAGGACAUCACGCAACACAUGGAUGUGGAUCCCGAGGGCAGACAGUAUAUAUACAACUACUGGAAGCUCAAAAGAAAGGCUGGCUUCAACAAACCAUUGCUACCACCCAAGUCAGAAGAUGCUGAUAUCUUAUCUCAUCAGCAGGAGCAGGCCGAUCUUGAGAAGAUGAAGAUGUUUGUACAGCUUCGGCAAGACCUAGAGAGGGUUCGCAAUCUAUGCUACAUGGUGAGUCGGCGAGAGAAGUUGUCACGAUCCUUCUUCCGUAUGCGUGAACAGACUUUCCACAAACAGGUGGCUGUGCUUAGUGAUGCAAGUUGCAGUCUGAAGGGGAAGGAGGUGGCAGCUGUCAUAGAGGCGAACCAUGGUCCUUCCAUUUAUGAUCGCCUCUACUCAGAACCGAGUGCACUUGAUCACAGUGGAGACUUUGACCUAGUGCUGGCCCGUAUAGCAGGCAUUGCCUCACCCAGACCAGGCAGUGCAGAUGAGAAGAGCAAAACAGACUUAAAUGGUUUGGUGAAGUGUUCGUCUGACAAGAAGGCAUCAUUGGAAAACCCAUACAAAAGACUGUACUUUAAUGGAGCAGGUAGGCGCAGGAGCAGUCUUUAUGGCAGCAUGUCCAGUGGGAGUGAGACAGAUACAGCUGCUCCAUCAAGAGGAGGCAGACAUCCCAGUGGUAGUGUCUCCAUGCGUAAGACUGCCACACGGUUGGGUUUGCCAGACAGUGCAGCAUCCAGCACAGAGGAAGAAGAGAAACACAUUGUUACUACCGAUUCUAUUCGAAAGAGACUGCCGUGUAACAAGAAGAACAGCAUUAGUGGGUCAAAGACCGUUGAGAGGAAGAGAUGUAAAAAGACUUUUAUCUCACGGACAAAAGCGGAAUCUUCGAGUGAGGAGGAAGAGAAACCUAGUAAAAGCUUGUGGCAGUCUCCACGCAGCAGAACUCUGCGGCAGAUGGAACAGGAACUGGGUGAUAAGGUAUCUGGCAGCGAUGACACAGAUGAUCUCAUGUUACCUGUCAAGGCAACUAAAAGUGAGCCAAAUAAGAUCAAUGCUAUUUAUUCUGACAGCGAUUCAGAGCUCUCUUUGAAAGGUGAUGCAUCAGGUGGUGACAGAAAUGAAAGUAAAUCUCCUUCCAAUAUACCGAGUGAUUCUCAGCAACAUGUGCUACGUACCAAGGCAGCAAUGAAAGAGUUCUCAGCAGGUUUGCAGGCCAAAGUUGACAAGUCUGCACAGAAAAACAGCACAAAACUCCCAAGGAGCUUAAAGAAGGAAAAAGAAGUUAAGCAGGAAGACUCAAUGGAUGAUGAUUUCAUUAAAGAUAAAGAAAAUGUUAAGUCUUCUAGAAAGAAGGAAUAUGAUCCCACUGACCUUAUUGUUCCUCAAAGACAAGCUGCCAAGAAGGCAACAGAAAGUAUACGGUGCUCUCAGGGGAGAACUAAAGAACAGAUUCUGUUUGAACAAGAAGCUUUUAAAGUAUCUUCUAGCAAUGAUGAAUCAAAGGUGAAACAGAAGGUAAAGCACAAGACAAAAGAUUCGAAAACUCAGAAAGAUGGUAAAUCUGGCAGUGAUGUAUAUGACUUUGAAAAAGAUAGCAGUGAUCCUCAGGAGAUACUGGCAUAUGUUCCUCAGAGGCAAGCAGCCAAGAAGGCUGCAGCACACAUCAAGAGCGGAAUGUCAAAACCUGUGGUUGGAGAGCCUGAUGCAGAAUCUCUCAGAACAAAGAAGGACCCUGCGGAAGUAAAGUGCAAGAAAGAACCAGAGGUGUCAAAGAACAAGAAAGAGCAAGAGUCUGAGAAGUGCAAGAAUACAACAAAGAUUUCGGACUCCAAGGUAAAAUCAUCUUCAAAAUCUCACGAAAUGUUGUCAUCGUCUUCAACAUCCAGUUCUUCAGAUGUCUCCUCAUCGUCAAGUACAGAUAGUGAUCACGAAAUAGAAGAAAAACUGAAGCCCAGUAGUAAGUGUUUCAAGAAGGAUGCCAAAUCAGACAAAAAAGCCACUAUAGAGGCAUUGUUCUCUACCCAGAAAGAAAAUAGUGAUGUAUGUGAUAAGAAAACAAAACCAGUGAAGGAAAGGAAAAAAGCUAACAAGAGUGUGGGAGACUGGCCCUUUGUUGACAAGGUUGAUCAGCCUAUGGAAAACAGUUCUUCUUCCAGUGACUCAGAUACUGAUGAUAAUGUUGUCUGCACCAAGAUGCGGCAGAAAAGCCGUAUCAAGCCUCCAGAAGAGAAAAAUAUUCCCUCCUCUAGGUCAAAGCCCAAGUCAUCAGAUGUCGAGGACAGAAAGGGGCCUAACUCAAAAUCGGUUGGCAAGAAAUUUAAGAAGGCGCCUGACAAGAAGCUUAAAACUUCCGACAGGCGGCCUGAACUUGAGUUUCAGCCGCCGAUUGUUGAGAGAGAUGAACCAUCACGAGCCAAAGAGAAACCCGGGAGGGGGCGGAAGCUUGAAGCACACAAGACACUUGGAUCAGGUGAGAAAGAUAGGGUCAGAAAUGCUGACAGUCGAUCAGGAGAUUUGCCUGGUCCCAAAAAUCGAGACGAUUCCUCCCCCUGUGAUGAAGCAUCAAAAAGAGAGCAAGUCCCUGGAAGCAGACGCAACCGAUCGCGUACUCCGAGAGUUGAGGAGCAGCCGAAGCGGAGCACAGAGAGAGAAUCAGAUGCAGAGAGAGGGGUCCAUAAGAAAGACCAGUACAGGCAGCAUGAGGCAAGGAAGAGAAAAUCAAAUGAGGUCGAACGUCCUGUGUCAACAAACAUGUGCCGUGACACUGUCAGUUUGCCAAGAAGUGGUGAUUCAACAGCAGAAAUAUCGCCCCUUAAAGAGAGAGCCCAGUCCAGUGAACACAUGUCACCUUCGACCAAGAAAACUGAAAAGAAACUAGACGUAGAUGGGAAAAGGUCUGGAAGAGUGCCACAGGAGGCCACACCUGGCAAAGACUCUCUGGGAAGUCAGCUUGAAAGGGAAAUCAGUGAGAGAAAAGCAGGGCGUGAAAUUCUGGGGAAGAAGACAUCAAAAAUGACCCUAGACAAGCUGUUCUACACGAAACCCACAGAAAAGGAAGGAAAGCAAUCAGAUAAAGAUGGGAAACUUGCAGAGAGAGGGGAAGACAUGGUGGUAUGUAAGCAGUCUGGAAAACAUGCAGAACGAGAUGGAGACAGGGUAGUACAAAAACAAUCUGGGAAAACAGCACAGGAGAAGGAAAGUAAGAAAGAUGCCGAAAAGAAUGUGACUUCGAAACAUGAAAAACAUAAAUCUCCCGAGUCGCAUGUAAAAGUAUCAGCAGUUGAUGAAACCUCAUCUAAAAGAACAUGCAGAGAUAAAGACAUGAGUGAGAAUCAUGAUGUCAGAAAGAUAAAUAAAGACCAGGGGUCACAAAUGGACAAGGACACAACACCCAAGGCUUCAAAGCAUAACUCAGUUAUAACUUCAAAUAUGGACAAAGAUAUGAAAGACACUGUGAUUCGAAAGGUAGAGAAGUCAGUUGUUGCUGAAACAGAGGAGAGAGAACAUGUGCUGAAGAAGGAUGAGAUAAAAAAGCCUGAAUUCCGUAGUCUGAGUGGUGAUGAUCUAGCAAAGGAAAUGAGAAGAGGGCCUAUUGAGUCUGGUGAGGAAGAUGACAGGACAAAGAAGAAAGUGAAACCAAUGCCCAGGUGUAAGAAGAAGGCAUUGGGGAUUCUCAGUGAUGCAGAUGGUAGUCAAGAAGAACAAGGCAAUAUUUCAGAGCAGAGAGUAGAAGACACAUUGGAUGGAAUCAACCCUUCUUCCACUAACCCAGAAGAAAUUCCUGUGGUGUCUGUAGAGUCAAGUGGACAGCCUACAGAUCAGCAGAGUACGAAGGAGAUGGUAGCUCCAGUUCUUACACCUGAAUUGACUCACCAGGAAAGCAAGACAGCUGCAAAUUCCUCAUUCACACUGAUGCCCCAUCUUGAAAAGGCCUGUGCUUUAGACUUGGGCAGUGAGUUACAGGUUCCUGAAAAAGAAGCUCCUGAAGCAAAGAAAAUUACUUCCCGGUCAUCAUCUCUGAAUGUUCCCACCUAUCCACAACGUUCCAUAUUCUCUCCCCAACAGCCAUCAAAAGAUCCCCCUGUGUCAGAGCUGUUUGACUUUGAAAAUGAUAUUUUGGCUGUCGACGAAACAGUUAACGAUGGUGGGUUUUCCAUUGCUCGUGAUUCCGAAGAGAUCAUGCGAGCUCCGCCACUCACUUUCUCCUUCAGCAGUGAAUUCCUGUUUAAAGAAGAUUCAAAAGAGGAUAGUGCAAGGGAAACGCAUCUUCUGGUAGAGAAACUAAGGCUAGAAUAUGCCAAGAAGACUACAACAAAUGUGAUUCCACCUGAAACUGCAGAGAGCCUGGCUCCAGUUCCAGAUGAAGGUACAAUACAUUUGGAUGAUAUUAGUGAUGAGAAACCUGAAAGCCAGCUUCAGGUCAUGGAUAUUGUUGAAGGAAAUGCCUCUGAACCCAAGGAUGAGAAGCCCCCUGAAAUAGAUAUCGAUGUUAAGGUAGAUGUUCCUGCUAAUGUGGAUUGUUCUGUGGACAGUGCAUUGCCUGUGCCCCAUGUAGAUUCUCAUGAACCUCAGCCUGCGGAAGAACACAUGGACAAGAAUGAUGUUCCGCCAUAUGUGGGUGGAGAAGCAAAUGGCCCAUAUGACUAUCAUGCAUGCAACAUGCAGUUGGAAGUUGCCAAGGUGUCAAUUCCAGGACGUGAGAAGUUGGACAGGAGUAACAGUGCUCAGGCGGAUGAGCGCUGGGUGCCCCCAAGCAUGGACUUUGUGUCACAGCAGUCCGACCAACACCAUGGCCUCAUGCCCCCACAUCACUAUGAAACACUUCCACCAGCACCUCUUGACUGCACACCCGCACCCUCACCUUACACUGAUCUCCGGAAUCGAGCCAAGUGGACGGAGAGCGAGAUGAUCCCUGCUAGACGUUCAUCAUCCUCAUCUGCGUCCUCCACCUCAUCAUCAUCUCACCGAGAAGAACCUGACCCAACCAAACGUGAUGAUCUCCACCUUCCUCCCCACACACCAUCAAGUGCUGAACAUGCCUCAUAUCAGGGGUUGCACCCUGGCCUUCCACCCUAUCUCACCGAUGCACCCCCAUAUCACCCUUACUCAGAAGCAUCUCCCUUUGUUGGAUCUGUUGCCCUGUUUCCCCCUCCAGCUUGUACCCAAAUGCCAUAUCCAUCUCCUAGUGGUAUGUAUCCUCCUUUUGGUCCCCCAUUUCCUACACCCCAUUCUCUGUUGGCACCUGUACCAAAGCCCCCAGAAGAUCCACCCCACAUGCCACCACCUUGUGCUGCUGCCUUCACAUCAUCAUCACACAACAUGGCACUGACUGCUGCCAUGGUUUCUCCUCCACCAUCCAUAGCCACCCCCAGUCUUCUUCCUCCUGCACCAUCACCUGUAAUGCAUUCAGAGCCCCCUCUCACUCCAUCAUUUGUUCCACCACAAGAAUCCAUCCAGCAGAUGUCCCUCCAAAUGUCACCAUUGGGGAAUAACAGAGGACCUCCAGACCAUCAUCAUUCUUCCCCAGCUGCACAUCCAGUCCCCACUCCACCCUCUUCAGCACCAACACCAUCACCUGCACCUCCAACACCACAACAAUCACCGCUACCGCCACGACCUCCUCCACCACCUGUGUCACUUUCAGAAUCACAGACACCCAAAGUAGCAUCCAGUAGCACUGCUGCUGGGAAGAAAUCGCCUGCGAAGCCAACACGAACCUCAGCUCGUUUUAUAUCUCAGCAAGGCAAGUCACCUGGCAAGUCUCCGCGACAGCAGGACACAGCAUCAAGUAAAGCCCCAGCACAGAGUCGCCUCCGUGAAACUGGGAGUAGUAAGCGUAGUAGUGCCAGUGGCAAGCUGGUCAACCGUGUAAUGUACAACCAACCACGAGGGGGCCGCAGGGGUCGAGGACGUGGCAGAGGGCAACACAUGCCACACUUCGCAGAAUCAGACUUCAAUACCAUACACAGCAAGCUUGUAGGUACAGUGUAUGAUUUGGAAUUUGAUGAUGACUCCCCAAGUGAGAGUGUGGAGAACUUGCGGGCUAUGAGGGAGAGACGCCGCUCUACGGACAUGCAUGAGAGGAAGCUCUCGGAGAGCACAUUCCUGUCGCGUGACUCUCCACCAUCGCCCAAGUUUACCAGUCUACUGCAUCAGGUGCCAAACUCGAAGUUGCGCAGCUCUUACACUGCAGAUAUUCGGGACCUAAGACCCCCUUCACCACUGCCUGGUCUCCGUUCAUCUGCUGAUGAACUGCUUCCCCUACAAUCUCCAGUCAACAGCACAAGUUCUGACAGGCUGGAGCCAUUCCCUGAUGUGGUGCAACCUCUUCUUCCUGGUCCUGUUGACAUGCGCACAUACAGCUCAUCCUAUGAACCCACACCUAGCAAUAACCCAACACCUUAUCAUAACCACUUGCUUGGAACAUCAUUUAGCACCUCAACUGCUGAACAGCAUGUCGCCGACUUUGUGGAGGAUUUGGAGAAGGAGCUGCACUCAGCUCUUGCUGCCAGAAAACCACCAGAACCACAGAAAUUCACGGAUGAGGUUUCAAAACAGACUGAUGAGGCUCUGGUGAGCAAUGCAACGAAUGAUGUUUCAUCCAGCAACAAGGUAUCUCUGUCAGAUUCACGCAACCAGCUGAAGGUGAAGAUCAAGGGCCCCUUCCUUGAUGCAAAUUAUGCUGCAGCAUCAGCUGUACCGCCACUGACCCAGCAACAACCGUUGCUGCCAGUGAUGCCUCCACUGGAUGCAAUUGCAGUCUCCAACAUCAUUCCUGCUGCCACCACAGCCAUUUCAUCAGCAGCAUCAUCUUCAGGGACUUCCAACCUGCGUCGCAUGCGCAAGAAGGAAUUGCUCCGUCAGUAUUGUUCGCAAGAUAUGAACAUGGAUGACCCCGCAGGUGGGGCUGUGACUGGCCAGGCCGUGGCCCCAACUGCCGCACCUCCUGUCAAUCGAACUGUUAUAACCAUCCCCAAGGCAGUUGCAUCUAUGACUUCAAUACCAACUCGUGAAGACUACAAGGCUGUCGUAGAUGCAAAUAUGGAAAAGAAACGGCGAAAAGAAAAAGCGAUCACCUCAUCUAUUUCAGUUCCCAGGGAACUGAGACAUUUGGACUUACCUCUGGACCAAGAUGAUGCAUGUCCCCCUGAAAGGAGGCGGAGUGUAGGGUCAACAGGCAGUAACGCUUCCUCAACUCAUCAACAUGACAGUAUCACACCACCCAUGAAGAGACGAGGCAGGCCACCCAAAUCUGCAGUGCCUGCAUCAGGGCCCAUAUUGGUUUUAGCUCCUAAACUCAAAAUAAAGAUUGGUAACAAUAUAAUUGGCGCUCCAGAAGCAGAAAGCAAUGUAGAGGAGAAGAAACUGCGAGUUCGACCACCAAAGAAGAGACUCACCACCAGUGUCCCGAUGCCGACUGUGGAGGAACUGAAACGGGAGAGCAUGAAAUUUCGUCGUAUGAUCAUGGCUGACUUUGAUGAAGCAGAGAAGAAGCAGAGUAAAGUGAUUGCAGGCAAACGUCGCAAACAGAGACAGUUUGACUCCUCACAACAUGAAGUGCAGAUCAUCACAGCAGAUGAGAGAGUGAGUGCACCGAAACUCAUAAUCAGGAUUAACAAACGAAGUGCAAAUAGUGUCAGUAACAGUGGUGCAAACACUGCAGGUGGCAUUGGAUCCACUCCAGUACCACAAUUAAGCGAGGAAGUAGAGAGCCGAGUUGGUAUCUCUGCCUUUGUCAGUACUAGAGCGGAUCCUUCUGCCCCCCCUGGCAGUGAAAAUGAAGGGCAUCCCUCCACAAAUGUGGCUAGUAUCGUUGCAGACGGUAACAGUGAUGGCAAGGGCUCAGACCUUCUGAAUGUACGGACGUCCAAAGUAACCCCAAUUCGUUUAAAACUAGCUCGGUGUCAGGAAGGUUACAUUAUGAAGACGCAGCCGAGCCAGGACACUGCAACGUCAGACAGUGCAACACGAAACAUCGCAGAAGAUGGUGAUAGCAGUACUCUGCCCACAAAAAAGGUCUGUGAGGUUAGGUGAUGAAUGUGGUAACCUAAUUAAUUUAUAGUGAUCUGACAAUGUGUAGCAAUCUUUGUAGGGUAUCACUAAGUGAUCUCCCUAUGAACACCAGGACUGCACACUUAAAGUGUGCUGAGACUUGUACAAAGGUGACUGACACAUAGCUUUUAAAAUCAGUAGUGUUUUGCCAAAUGUUUUAAAUUAAAUUUAUUAUCCAGUUUCCAAUUUGUUCUCAGUUCACGUUGUUAAUCUUUGAAUGAGGAUGUGUGAUGUGGUAUUUAACUCUUUUAGACACUCUGUAUAUUUGCACAGUGUAUGUAGCUUAGAAAGAAAAGUUUAGUGUACAAAAGUCAAUUACUGGUUCAAGACACGAAUUAAUAUUUUUGUACAUAUUGUAAGUGUUAACAAAGUGUGUGAAUAUAGUACUGUAUUUGUAAGUUUAUAUUUUAUUUAAAAGAUAUGGUUUGCAAAAUUUGUUAAAGGUAUUUAACAAGUAAAACUUCUAAAUCUGUAAAAAGCAAACUCUUAACAAAUGACUUGUGUGUUAUUCAUGAUGAAAUGAAACAUUUGGCUGCUUCAGGAUCAAGGGGCUCUGUUAAUGGUUGUGAUGUUGCCACCGUAUCUUUUGAUGAAAUGUUAAACAUUAAUUUUACUGGAUGCAUGUAUGUAUGCUGGCUUAACUAAAUGCAAUCCAAAGUUGCCAUUUUGAAAACAAAAGUGUACCUGUCUGCUGAUUGAGUGGAAGUCGUGUUCAAAAUUCUUCUUUGACAUAUAUACAUAUAUAUAUAUAUUAUACACACACAUGUACAUAUAUAUCGCGAUGACCUUCUUGCCGAAUAGGCACAUUUGUAUAUCUAAAAUGUAGUAAUGCCCCAGGAGAGUUAGAAACUGUUGAGUGAUUGGAUAUAAGUUUAACUGAGACUGAAAUAUUUUAGAAAUGUUUGCAGGAUAUACUGGUAAUGGUUAUCUGUACCUCACGUUGCAAUAAUACUUUGUUUUCUAUAUGUAAAUAUAUAUACAGUGCGCUGGAACCGGGCGGUGGCUUGACGAACAUGAUAGCACAAGCCAUUUGUUCAUUUUGUCUCAGUGUGCACAUAGUACUUUUAUAUAAUAUCAGAAACAUGUUUCACAUUUUUCAUGUUUUUUAGGCAUCAUUCUUUCGUUUCAUUGUUUUAUUUUGUAUUUGUAUAAAAUCUAAGAGCCCCCUCUCUCCAUCUCCAUUUUCUUUAUGUAAGAAAGCAUUCUCUCUCUCUCUCUUUUAUUCAAACUACAUUGUACAAACAUUAAUCGUUUUGUACAGAGAAUAUUUGUUUUUAAUUAUUUUUCUCAUGAUUACAAAGAAAUUAUAUGUUAUUGUAAAUAGUGUAAAAGUGAUGCUGGUCCUGUAAGAUAAGGUGUUGUAAUGUGCACAUAGAUGCAUCGUCAAAUACAAAUCUUUUUUUAGAA